AUCUCAGACAUCAACACCUUUUUUUCCUGCUUCUUAUCCUUCUACCGUCUUCAGCAAAGGACGCACAUUCGUCUCGAUUCCCGCUCCCUUUGGGUAUCAGAAAUUCCUACGUUUUUCCAAGCCCUGUACACGACCUUUUUUUUUCAUCCAUUCACCUCCAGCAUAUACCUAUCUCACUACCCCACAUCUCCAUCAUCCUGACCCAGCCAGGUCUCUACCACAUCCAACAUGGUUGCUGCAGUCGGAAUUGACUUAGGCACGACCUACUCGUGUGUCGGCGUCUUCCGUGAUGACCGAAUCGAGAUCAUCGCCAAUGACCAGGGAAACCGGACCACCCCGUCCUUCGUGGCCUUCACGGACACGGAGCGUCUGAUCGGCGAUGCGGCCAAGAACCAGGUGGCCAUGAACCCCCACAACACCGUGUUCGACGCCAAGCGUUUGAUCGGUCGUAAAUUCUCCGAUCCUGAGGUCCAGGCGGACAUGAAGCAUUUCCCCUUCAAGGUUGUCGACAAGGGUGGCAAGCCGAUCGUCGAGGUAGAGUACAAGGGUGAGCAGAAGCAGUUCACCCCCGAGGAGAUUUCCUCCAUGGUCCUCAUCAAGAUGCGGGAGACUGCCGAAUCUUACCUUGGCGGCAACGUCACCAAUGCUGUCAUUACCGUCCCCGCUUACUUUAACGAUUCUCAACGACAAGCUACCAAAGACGCCGGUCUUAUUGCUGGCCUCAACGUUCUGCGGAUCAUCAACGAGCCCACCGCUGCCGCCAUUGCUUAUGGUCUCGACAAGAAGGCCGAGGGCGAGCGCAACGUCCUCAUCUUCGAUCUUGGUGGUGGCACCUUUGAUGUUUCUCUCCUGACCAUCGAGGAGGGUAUCUUCGAGGUGAAGUCCACAGCUGGUGAUACUCACUUGGGUGGUGAGGACUUCGAUAACCGCCUAGUCAACCACUUUGUCAAUGAGUUUAAGCGAAAGCACAAGAAGGAUCUCUCCACCAACGCCCGCGCCUUGCGACGCCUCCGAACGGCUUGCGAGCGCGCCAAGCGCACGCUUUCCUCAUCUGCUCAGACCUCGAUCGAGAUCGACUCUCUCUUCGAGGGUAUUGACUUCUACACUUCCAUCACCCGUGCUCGUUUCGAGGAGCUUUGCCAGGAUCUCUUCCGAUCCACCAUUCAGCCCGUCGACCGCGUCCUGUCCGACGCCAAGAUCGACAAGGCUCAGGUCCACGAGAUCGUCCUCGUCGGCGGAUCUACCCGUAUCCCCCGCGUGCAGAAGCUCAUUACCGACUACUUUAACGGAAAGGAGCCCAACAAGUCGAUCAAUCCCGACGAGGCUGUGGCCUACGGCGCUGCCGUCCAGGCUGCCAUCCUGUCUGGCGACACCAGCUCCAAGUCAACCAACGAGAUCCUCCUUCUCGAUGUCGCUCCGCUGUCACUCGGUAUCGAGACUGCCGGUGGUAUGAUGACGAAGCUUAUCCCUCGUAAUACCACUAUCCCUACCAAGAAGUCGGAGGUCUUCUCAACCUUCUCCGAUAACCAACCCGGCGUGCUUAUCCAAGUCUACGAGGGCGAGCGCCAGCGCACCAAGGACAACAACUUGAUGGGCAAGUUCGAGCUUACCGGUAUUCCUCCGGCUCCUCGCGGUGUUCCUCAGAUCGAGGUCACCUUCGACCUUGAUGCCAACGGUAUCAUGAACGUCUCCGCUGUUGAGAAGGGCACCGGAAAGUCCAACAAGAUUGUCAUCACCAACGAUAAGGGCCGUCUUUCCAAGGAAGACAUUGAGCGCAUGCUUUCGGAGGCUGAGAAGUACAAGGAGGAGGACGAGGCCGAGGGCCGCCGUAUUAGUGCCAAGAACGGUCUUGAGUCUUACGCCUACUCGCUCCGAAACACUCUGUCCGACUCCAAGGUGGACGAGAAGCUCGAUCCCGCCGACAAGGAGAAGCUGAAGGCAGAGAUUGACAAGAUCGUCUCCUGGCUGGAUGAGAACCAGCAGGCCACCCGUGAAGAGUAUGAGGAGAAGCAGAAGGAGCUCGAGGGCAUCGCCAACCCCAUCAUGAUGAAGUUCUACGGCUCUGGCGGAGCCGGCGGUGUGCCUGGUAUGCCUGGCGCUGGCGGCCCCGGCGGUCCCGGCGGCUUCCCUGGCGCUGGCGGUCCCGGUGCUCACACGGAUGACGGCCCCACCGUCGAGGAGGUGGACUAAACGGCUCCCUCUCCCAUCGUUUCCCCCCAUUUUUCCGGCGUUUUUUUUUCCUCGGGUGUUUUUUUCAUGACACCCUCAGUGGCGGGUUCGGACAUCAUGGGCUUACUCUAGAUUUUCACUGGUAAUGACGAUACAGGGAAAAGUUGCGGUUUUAUGACUUGCAUGGGAUGUAUUCUAGGCAGGAAUCACCCUAGGACGAAGCAAUGAAUUAAUUCAGAAAAGACGCAUA